ACUACUCAAAAUCAUUUUCACUUCUGCGGCGUUUGCAUCUGUUUCGUCCGCCCUGCCAUUCUGGUCUGUGUUUGUGGGACGUUGUCUCCCAAUAUAUUUUUUGUUCUACUUGCAGCGGCUGCAACGUGACGCGCGCUUUAAACCGCCCCAAAACGCACCACCAAAUCGCCGCCAACAACAAUAGCAACAACAAAAACAACACCAAGGAGAAAGAAGGAGAACUGCAAAGUUUUUAUUUUGUGAUGCUGCUCCGCCAAAACCUGUUCUAAGUUGCCCACUGUGCGUGCGUGCAUGCGUCUGUGUGUGUUUGUGUAUCUCCACUGUGAUUGUGCAUGUGUGUGUUGGUCCGUAUGCAAAUUUUUUGACACGCCGACGUCGACGCCGCUGCCACCUGGCAGCUGAUUUUUCCUCUGCCAUAAGGAAUCCAACACAACACAGCACAUACACAUACACAAUACAGCGCCCAUUCAUGCAAGUACAUCUGCUGGUGACAAAAACAGCAAACAGCGAGAUAAUACAAGCCAGAAAGCAGUUGGCAAAGCAUCACAUCACUCAAUCAGAUCAGUUGAUGAGAUCGAGAUCGGUAGAAGGAGGAAGAACAGCAGCACCUACGGAGAAGGAGCGUGGAGAGACAACCAUAAUUAAUCAACGGAAUUCGGUUUGAUAUGCAUCGACCGUUGAGCAGUUACAAGAAUAGAAACAAGAACCGAUUGAAAGAAACGCUUGCGUAAGAGCCGUUCUUUUUUUUUUCGCUCACUUGCCAACACUGCCCAAACUCCAAAACGGGGAAUACAGCAAAUACAUAUAAGCAAAAAGGAUACCCCAUUACCACAUAGCCCCCCGCCCCUCCUUUAAAAAUUUGAGAUCCAAACUGUGCCAAGAUGUAUAAGCUAUUGGGUAGCCUGAAGAGCUACCUCAAAUGGCAGGACAUCCAGACAGACAACGCAGUCUUUCGACUGCACAACUCAUUCACCACGGUGCUGCUGCUCACCUGCAGCCUGAUCAUCACCGCCACCCAGUACGUGGGCCAGCCGAUCAGCUGCAUCGUGAACGGUGUGCCCCCGCAUGUGGUGAACACGUUCUGCUGGAUCCACAGCACGUUCACCAUGCCGGAUGCGUUUCGCAGACAGGUUGGUCGCGAGGUGGCCCAUCCCGGUGUGUCCAAUGAUUUUGGAGAUGAGGAUGCCAAGAAAUACUACACCUACUACCAGUGGGUAUGCUUUGUGCUCUUCUUUCAGGCCAUGGCCUGUUAUACGCCCAAAUUUCUGUGGAACAAAUUCGAGGGCGGCCUGAUGCGCAUGAUUGUGAUGGGCCUGAACAUUACGAUCUGCACCCGCGAGGAGAAGGAGGCCAAGCGGGAUGCCCUGCUCGAUUAUCUGAUUAAGCACGUGAAGCGCCACAAGCUGUAUGCAAUCAGAUAUUGGGCCUGCGAGGUGCUCUGCUGCGUGAACAUCGUGGUGCAGAUGUAUCUGAUGAAUCGCUUCUUUGACGGCGAAUUCCUGUCGUACGGCACCAACAUUAUGCAGCUGUCGGAUGUGCCGCAGGAGCAGCGCAUUGAUCCGAUGGUGUAUGUGUUUCCCCGUGUGACCAAAUGCACAUUCCACAAAUAUGGUGCCUCCGGGUCGCUGCAGAAGCACGACUCCCUCUGCAUCCUGCCCCUGAAUAUUGUCAACGAGAAGACAUAUGUGUUCAUCUGGUUCUGGUUUUGGAUUCUGCUCGUCCUGCUGCUCGGUCUGAUGGUCUUCCGCGCCUGCAUCAUCUUUAUGCCCAAGUUCCGGCCACGACUGCUGAAUGCCCGCAAUCGGAUGAUACCCAUGGAGAUUUGUCGUUCGCUGUCCCGGAAGCUGGACAUUGGUGACUGGUGGCUCAUCUACAUGCUGGGCCGCAAUCUGGAUCCCGUCAUCUACAAGGAUGUGAUGAGCGAGUUUGCCAAGCAGGUGGAGCCUGCCAAGCACGAUCGUGCCAAGUAAAUUGACAGCAGUAGCAGCAGCUUACCCCUGGACACCCUUUCUGCGGAAUUUCCCAACAGAAUCCGCAACUGAUUACCCCCCCCUUUGGACUAUUAAUUUUAUUUAGCGCAAAUCAUUUUAAUUGUUUGAAACCCCAGAGCACAGAACAGAACAGAACCGAACCGAACCACCUAGCCACCACACCCACACACUUCUCUCUAGUUCUGUGAUUAUGCUGAAACUCACCCCCCACCCCAAACUCCACUCCCACCCUUGGCCCUACUAUCAUAUUACGUCUUAUAAUCAAUGAUCACAACUCGAAUCGAAUCGCAUGGCAAAAACAGAAAGAGAAAAAAAUGACAAUCUUUUUUUUUUUUGUUUUAUUUUAUUUAAUUUUUUUGGUUUCUUUUUUCCCAAAAAAAAAAUAUGAGAUUUUCCCUCGGAAAUGCAUGUGUGUUUUUCUGCAAACAAAAUCAAUUUUUUUUUCCUAAUUUUUAAACAAACUAAUUUAAUACCUAGCUUUUAUUUAUAAAUAGAAAUCAUAAAAACAAGACACGAAAAAUCCCCAUAAAACAAAUGAAAAAACAAAAUCAGUAAAAAUUCGAUAUUUUUGCAUGAAAUGGAGAAAUUGUUUGUUCAAACGCUUCGCAGCCAACACAUAAAUACUGCUUUUGAGUCUUUCAUAAUAAUAGUUUUUAGUUUUCACGGAAGCGUUUUAACAAUAAAAACAACAACAACAACAAAAACAGCAAAAGAAAUUAUUCUAAUUUUGCUGUUUAUAUUUUCAAAUUCUUUUCUGGGGAAGAAUAAAAUGCGCUAUGUUAAGUUUAUUGUGUAGUUUUAGGCAAAAAUGCAAAGGUUUUACAAACAUAUAUGCAGAAAUAAUAUGAAAUAAAAAACUUUUUACAACUGGCGAAA